AUGUUCGCCAAAUUCUUUUUGACCCUUUUGCCUUUGGGAGCUAUGAGUUUGACUAUCCCAAGAAAUGCUACCACUCCUGUCGAAGUUAUCAAACCUGCUACCCAGACGAUUGAGCAAUUUGAGAGUUGCUGGGAAUCUAAAUGCGCCGAGGUUGCUGGUGCAGAUCCGAGGGGGACUGGAGCUACCAGUUUCUUCCAGCGUGGUGAUGGUUCGGGAGAUUUCAAAGACACCAAUGCCUUGGUAUACUGUGUCGCAACGGCAGAUUUCAACGGUACCGAAACUGAUUACUCUUGGACUUUCCAAGUAGCUGGGGAUUUGGGCGCCACCAUUAUUCUUUGA